AUGCUGGCAUCUCCUACUCGUGGAGCUGCCAUGCGUGGACUCCCGCGCUCUGGAACCCCUCCGUCCUUCCGUUCUCGUCGCAAUCUCCCCGAAAAGCGGAAGAUUCGAGAUGUCAAGAAAGUUGUUGCAGUCUCGUCAGCAAAAGGUGGUGUGGGAAAGUCAACAAUAGCAGUAAACCUCGCGCUAUCCUUCGCGCGCCGGGGCAUUAAGACAGGUAUUCUGGACACUGAUAUCUUUGGCCCAUCUAUUCCAACUCUUCUCAAUCUCUCUGGCGAACCUCGUCUCGAUGAAAAUAACUGCCUCGUCCCAUUAACAAACUACGGCCUCAAAUCCAUGUCAAUGGGCUACCUCCUCCCCCAAACACAAGCCGACAGCACAACAGGCGAACUACCAAUGGAUACAACACCAAUCUCAUGGCGCGGACUCAUGGUCACAAAAGCAAUGCACCAACUCCUCCACUCCGUCUCCUGGGGACCCCUCGACGUCCUAGUCCUAGACCUGCCCCCAGGAACAGGCGAUGUCCAGCUCACAAUCAACCAAGAAGUCAUAAUCGACGGCUCAGUCAUCGUAACAACACCGCAAGAUAUCGCACUCCGCGAUGCAGUCCGCGGUAUCGGCAUGUUCCAGCGUAUGGACGUACCAGUCCUCGGAAUGGUUCGAAACAUGGCUUUUUUUGCUUGCCCGCAAUGUGGACACCAGAGUCGCAUUUUCUCGCAUGGUGAUAGUCCGCACGUGCACGAUGAGACGCAUGGAGUCGUCGCUGAGUGCAAGAGACUCGGGGUGGACUUCCUUGGUGACAUCCCUCUUGAUGCUAGGGUCUGCGAGGACGCUGAUCGGGGUAUGCCCACUGUUGUUUCAGAGGAGAGUGUUGAGCGUAGUGCUAGGCGUCAGGCUUUCCUUGAUGUUGCGGAGCAGGUUGCGAAGAAGAUUGGUCUUGAUUGGCGUUGA